AUGGACGCAAUGAAACGAAAGAAUGAUGGAAUCUGGCUGAAGCCUGUAAGUGAAGAAGAUCUCUUGACUUGGCAAGGAUUGGUCCUGGGUCCAGCUCUGUCGCCUUAUGCAUUUGGAUUCUUUUCCUUUUCGAUCAAGUUUCCUGCGGAAUACCCAAGCUGCGCUCCUGUGGUUCAUUUUUUGACGACCAACGGUGGCAAGACAAGGUUCAAUCCAAACUUGUAUGCAGAUGGCAAAGUCUGCCUGAGCAUUCUAGGGACGUGGAGGGGGGAAAGUGGUGAGUUGUGGAGCAGUGUGCAAAACUGUCACUCCGUCAUGGUUUCAAUACAAUCUCUGUUGGACGACGAGCCAUAUCACAAUGAGCCUGGCUUUGAGAAGCAACGAAGUGUAAGUUUUGAUUCAUUUGUUACCUCGUUGGAAGGAUCGGCUAAGGCUUCUCGGGACUACAAUCUCAAAAUCACACAUGAGACCGUCAGGGUUGCCGUCUGUGACGUGUUGGAGGAGAUCCUGAAUCGAUCGGAAGUUGAAGAAGCCGCCAACGGCUUUUGUGAUAUAAUCAAGUGGCACUUUUUGUUGUACUGCAGUCGAUAUUUGGAGAUCGUUGAUCAGCAUGCUGAAGUCGAGGGUGAGUUCGAGAUCAUGGAGUUCGAGUAUCAACGCAACUGGAUGAGCGGAUCAUUCAACUUCAAGGAGCUGAGAUCACGGAUCUUGCUCAUCAAGGAAAGCCUGGUCAAGGAACUUGUUCAGUGGCAGAGGGAAGGGGUCGAGAGUUCCAAGCAUCAAUCGUUUGCAUGCCAGCACAUCUUGAGCGCAUUUGAGGUGCUGGACACUAAACUUAUUGCUUGUAUAUCUUUGAAAUAUUGUACUGAUCACAUCUACAUCUUUCAGAAAUGGUCAAAACUGAGCAAUGCGGGGAUCAGCGCGGCUCCCAGGGAGGCGAACAAGUUCGUAUGGGACGUGACCAUCAUGGGAGACUUGGACGGGGGAUGGUAUGAGAAUGGCAUGUACCAACUGGAGAUCACGUUUCCUCCUAAUUUCCCGGAUUGCAUGCCCCGACCGAGGUUUCAGACGCAAAUGUUUCAUCCCCAGAUCGACGAAGAUGGCUUUCCCUUUCUGUCUGUCAGCAUGACAGAUUCCAAGAACGUUCAAGCUAUCAUAUCCGACGUUCAUUCCUUAUUGAAGAAUCCCCCAAGCCCCGACCCUCGUACCUGGGUGAACAAGAAAGCUGCGGAUAUGUAUUUCGGCGGGGAUCAAGAGGAAUUCAAACGAACAGUCAGGCGCUAUGCUCAGAGAAGCAUGGAGCAGAGUAAGAAGAUUCGCGAUGGAUGA